AUGGCGGCGUACGCCCCGCCAGAAUAUAAUGAGGAGCUAUUCGCUGUGAUGUUGGAGUCGUGUAACCCUUCAAGAUCGCGCGUAGAGGCCUUGACGCAGAUAGCCCUUCGCCACUUGCCGCGGGCCACGGACACAUGGUCGGCUCUGCGGAAGGCACUUGUUCGCCAGCAGGAGCUGGAGUCGGAUGAGAAUAAGGCUCUGUGGUACCUUCUCGACUCCCUUGUGAAGCACGCACCGCACGUGUUUGUGCCCCUGAUAGCACCACGGCUGCACGACUACGUGGUGCAGCAGAUGCCGUGGCAUCUCGUCGGCGUCGUGUCCACAAUGGGCAGCGGGGCACUGUGGUGCGAUGCAAUGAUCCGCACGUGGGAGGGGGUGCUGCCGCCACACCUCUUUCGAAGCAUCAAGUCGUUUGUGGUGCAGCUGCGCAGCGGAACGGAACUGACGAACGCGAUGAACCUGAAUGGCGAUAACGACGACGUGCAGACCGUUGAUCCCCCAGCGACACAGGAACAGGUGCAGCAGCUGCGGGAAGCGUGGGAGGUGUUCUGGUCAUUCACUGCAGAGGGGAUGCAUGAAGUGAAGGAGGCAGCAGCAGCAGCAGCGGUGGCGACGGCAGCGGCAGCGGCGGCGGCCCCGAGCACGUCAGCACACGUCCAGGUGAAGCGUGAACCGGACCUGCGCGCCGGCGUGGGGCCCAAUGACGGUUCGGAGCCCCACAGCAAUGAUAGCAAUGACAGCGAUGGUGAGGUGGAGUACGUGCCGGAAUUUGUGAGAGGCGCGCAGCACCGGGAGUUGCCCUCCCUAACAGGCGACGGUGCCGCCGCGCAGCGUGUGCGUCGCGCCGCACGACGACGGCCGCGCGACGAGAGUUGA